AACACAUGCUAGAUGCAGCCAGCCCUUUCACGCUCACCCUGCGGCCAAUCAGAAGAGCGCCUGGGUGUCACGUGAUUGUUUCAGGACGUCGCGCAGUAGGCGCACGUGUGAUUUUGAACGCGUCUGACUUUGGCAAAUUGAGCUAUAAAAUCAGAGCAGGAAGUAAGGACAUGUUAAAGGUGAAAAGAGCUGUGUUGCAGUCUCGCCCAGGCAAAAAUGGUCAUCCGGUUCCAGAGAAUUUCCGCGUUGAAGAGAUGAUGAAAUCAAGUGAGCUGAAAGAAGGACAGGUGUUAGUUCGGACAUUGUUUCUGUCAGUUGACCCUUACAUGCGCUGUCGCAUGAACGAUGAUACUGGUGCUGACUACCUGUUGCCGUGGAGAUUAGAGGAGUCUGUGGAUGGAGGUGGAGUUGGUGUAGUCGAAGUCAGCGAAAAUGAUGCAUUAUCAGUUGGCAGUGUUGUCACCUCCUUCAACUGGCGUUGGCAGACCUACGAUGUGAUGGAUGGCAGUCUUUUACAGAAGGUUGACCCAGAGAUGGUAUGUGGUCACCUGUCAUAUGUUCUCGGAGCAGUGGGCAUGCCUGGUCUUACGGCUCUAUUAGGUGUGAGAGAGAAGGGCCAUGUGACUCCAGGAACCAACCAGACAAUGGUUAUCAGUGGAGCAGCUGGAGCUUGUGGGUCAGUUGCUGGACAGAUUGGCAGAUUGGAUGGUUGUGAGAGAGUGGUUGGGAUCUGUGGUUCCGACCAGAAAUGUCAGACCUUGGUUACUGAACUUGGCUUUACCGCGGCUAUAAACUACAGGAAUGGAGACAUAAGCUCAGCGCUGAGGGAGCUUUGCCCCAAAGGGAUUGAUAUAUACUUUGACAAUGUGGGUGGUCCCAUCAGUGAUGCUGUUAUAUCACAGAUGAAUCCUGGUGGUCAUGUGAUCCUGUGUGGCCAAAUUUCACAGUACAAUAAGGAUGUGCCUUACCCUCCACCUCUAAGUAAGGAUACCCAAGAAGCUUUGCGCCACAAAAAUAUCACCAGGGAGAGAUUUGUUGUAUUGAACUACAUGGAAAAACACGAAGAAGGCCUUGUGCAGCUCAGUCACUGGGUAAAGACAGACCAGAUAAAGGUGUUGGAAACUGUUGUAAAUGGUAUAGAAAACAUGGGAGGUAUGUUGCAUAUUUCAGAGGCAUUCUGCUCCAUGAUGACCGGGGGCAACGUAGGUAAACAAGUCGUCAAAGUUUCAGACUGAGUAAAACAAAUCCAUCGAGAGGUGCUGUUCUCACAAGAGGCCGUGAGGUGGUGUGGUGUAGUUGUUAAACAUCUCAGCUGGUAACCAAAAGGUCGUGAGUUUAAACUCACAAAGGGUGAAGGUUCAGCACCGUAUUGCCUUGGGCAAGAUGACCCCAUAAUAAGUGUGCUGUAAGUUUCUUUGGAUAAAAGGCCAUGCUAAUUGACAAAUAAGCAAUUAAUUUGACCUUAACACGUUUUAUUUUUAUUAAUGUCUGGUUUUUGAGUGUCCAUUUUAACCCUUUAAGCUCUGAGGGUGUUUUUAAAAAUUUCCUGUUUCAGUGGCAUACCCAAAAUUAAAGGCUUAAAACAAUAAUAAAUAAUAAAAAAUAAAAUAAACAA